AACUUCUUUGCAGCUUCUAUUUAUUACAGCUAGUGGUCUGUCUUGGUGAGGCAAAGUGUUCAGUUCACAAGCUGGAAACAGGCAUCUAAGGGUAAGCACCCAUUCUAUGGAUGUACAACUUCUUUCUUAGAGAAAUUCUGAAUGUGUUAUUUAACCCUUGGCAAAGCUUGGCACAGAGGCUUCUUCUACACACACUCUGAAGAAGGCAUAGUAGCCAAAACACAAGUCAAUGCCAUGGUUCUGGAGACUGUGUGGAGACUAUUGUCACCAGUGCAGUGGAGUCUGUGUCUUUUAUCCCUUCUCCUGCUUCUCAUAGUAUCAAUGCUAUUAUGUGCGAUCCGUUCUAAAAGGUAAUAAUUCUUCCUGUAUUAUGGCCCUUUAUGAGCAUUUUUCAGGUAUUGCUGACAUCCUGUCUGCAUUUUCCAUUAGUAGAAAGACGUCCAGGUUGUCAUUGGCUGAAAUGGGACCGAUCUCUGGUGAAAGGCCUCCAGAUUCAAUUGAGGUCACGACCUCAGAACUAAGGAAGGACAUCAUUGGACCAGCAUCCUCAAAAAGAAAGUCAACCCAGUUCCAAAGAGAACACAGAGUGUCUUUCCCAGGGCAGGAUACCCCAAGGCCGGUGAAGAAGGCUUUGAGGCAGUUGCCUCCCUUACCUGAGCUGGAGAAGAGCAGUGUCCGACGACACAGCAGCUACACUGGGUCCGUAGUGUACGACGUUGUGGCCACAGAGGUUUGUAUUCCAUGGCCCACUACAGACAACCAGGCUUCUCAACAACAGACAGCAGACUGCAGCAACCACCUGGAGGAGGAAGAUGAAAAGGGGGAAAUUCCGUUCCCUGUCUAUGCCAAAGUCAACAAAACCAAAGUUUGCUCGAACUCAUCAAGACGUUCACCACUGUAUGCCAAAGUGAACAAGACUAGCUCCCGGACUGUGAAAUCUGAACUACUGUUCUGCAGUGACUGAUAAUAAGUCAACACUGUGACUGACAUGUCCUCCAAAUGCUAAAUAGUCUACUAUGUUUUACGCCAAAAGCUUAUUUGAGAUAAUUGCUUCAAAUGCCAAUCUGAGUCGUGUAAACGGAUGACAAGUGUAAUCCAAUAGACAAGAGUAAAAAGUAUCACUCACUCGCAGAGCCAAAUGCAUAGUUGUUUUGUACUUUCUGAAAUGUUUACAUGCCUAUGUGUUUCUUAUGUUGUUUCUCAGGCCCACAAUGCUAUAAAGACACAUACAUGA